AUGGUGGAUCGGCAGCCUCAGUCUAUACCUGAUAUCACGUUCACCGACGCAGAUUUUCACGCGCCCGACCCUGAUCAUGAUGACCCCAUGGUCAUCACGGCCGAAAUAGCUCGGUACGAUGUCAGCAAGGUCCUCGUCGAUCAGGGCAGUUCGGUCAACAUCCUAUACUGGUCCACCUUCAAAAAGAUGGACUUGUCCGAGGAUCUAAUAGCCCCUUUUAACGAACAAAUUGUAGGCUUCUCAGGGGAAAAAGUCAAUACUCGGGGUACCUCGACCUACGAACUCGACUCGGGACAUGUCGGGAUGCACCAGAGCUUAGAGUCAGGUUCCUAUUGGAGGGCGAGAGGGGCUGAAACAGCAGCGAUCGACUUUGACCCCAGAACCAAUAUAGAUGAACGUCUUCAUCCACAAGGAGAUGUCAAACCCCUUCCGCUGGGAGCGGACGCGUCCAAAACCACGACCAUUGGUGGGAGCCUUGCUUUAAACGAUGAACAGGAUCUGGCACAAAUGCUACGAACCAAUGCUGACUUGUUCGCGUGGGUGGCCGCCGAUAUGUCGGGGAUCCACCCCGGAAUCAUGGCCCAUAAAUUGUCCAUCUUCAGGGAGGCGCGCCCGAUUGCGCAAAAGAAGCGACGGUUUGGGGAAGACAAACGCGAUGCCAUCCAGGUCGAGGUCAAGAAGCUGAUGAGCGCCCAGUUCAUCAGAGAGAUAACUUACACCACGUGGUUGUCGAACGUGGUCAUGGUCAAGAAGUCUAACGGCCAAUGGAGAAUGUGUGUAGACUUCACUGACCUCAACAAGGCGUGCCCUAAGGAUUCAUAUCCCUUGCCUAGCAUCGAUUGGUUGGUAGAUGGAGCUUCCGGUCAUGUUGUACUCAGUUUUCUCGAUGCGUACUCGGGAUACAACUAA